CAAAGAUGGUAACGUAGAUGUUAGCUGUUAAUAAAUAAUGUAGAUGUUAACAGAGAUUUUAGCUGUUAACGAAACAUGUUCCCGAUGUUAACAGAUGUGUUAGUUGUUAAUAAAUAUACGUAUCAGAGGUGUUAAUAGACUUAUAGAUUUUCAACUUUCUUUUUUAAAAAUCAAAGUAGAUUAAAAUAUAAAAAAAUAAUAGAUUUUCUUUCAACAUUCAUUUAAAUUACAAGGAGAAAAAAAGAAAAAGAGAAGAGAACAAACAUAAUUGAAGAAAGAAAGAGAGAGAGAGUGAGUUUCUAACGAAAAUGAGAAAAAAGCUGACACACCCACAUGCAAGAAGGAGAGAGAAAAGGGCAAUUUCGUCAUAAAAAAAGAAUAAGUCCCAUCAGGGGCAUUUGCCUAAUAUAGGCUCCCAAAAGGGUGUGGGAGCAAAUUAUCUCUAAAUACAAACAGAUUACCCUUUAUUAAAGUAGUAGGUAUUAAAAAGGAAGGGGAAAGAAGUAAAAAAAAAACACGUGGCAGUAUUGUUGAGAAGUGGAAUAGCGACUACAAAUACGCAGGAAAGAUCUCCUCCUUCGUCUUCUUCUUCUUCGUCUUGUUCGAAUCAGAGCAGAAGAAAGGUCAUCAUUUUCCAGCGCGUCGUCUCUCUCUCUCUCUCUCUCGAUCUCUCGAUCUCGUUCAAGAAGUUAAAAGAAGAGAGUGAAGGUAGUUAGAAAAAAAAAAAGGAAUAAAAGAAGAGAUGCCUUUGAAUUUCGGCAACGAUGUUGAUGGAUCUUCCCGGAUUCUUUUGACUGAGCCUCGCGGAUCUGUUGCUCAGGUGCUUCUGUUUGGAGGACAAGUCAUCUCUUGGAAAAAUGAAAGGAGGGAAGAGCUGCUUUUUAUGAGCAGUAAGGCUCAGUAUUUGCCUCCCAAGACCAUCAGAGGAGGAAUACCUGUUUGCUUUCCACAGUUUGGAAACUUUGGUGGACUUGAGCGACAUGGAUUUGCCCGCAACAGGUUUUGGUCUCUUGAUGACGACCCUUCUCCUCUGCCUCCUCCUGCUAACAAACAAUCAUCAGUUGAUCUGAUUUUGAAGUCCACCGAAGAUGACCUCAAGAUCUGGCCUCACAGCUUUGAACUCCGUGUUCGCAUCUCUAUCAGCCUUGGGAAACUUACUGUGAUCCCUCGUGUGAGGAACAUUGACGCAAAGCCAUUCUCUUUCAUGUUUGCUCUUCGAAACUACUUACAUGUGUCUGACAUAAGUGAAGUACGAGUUGAGGGUCUGGAGACACUUGAUUAUCUAUACAACUUGAAGGGUAAAGAGAGAUUCACCGAGCAAGCAGAUGCAAUUACCUUUGACGGUGAGAUUGAUAGAGUGUACUUGAACACACCAACAAAGAUUGCUGUCAUAGACCAUGAGCGGAAGAGAACCAUCGAACUGCGAAAGGAAGGCAUGCCCAAUGCAGUUGUGUGGAACCCUUGGGACAAAAAGGCAAAGAGCAUAGCUGAUCUGGGAGAUGAAGAUUACAUGACGAUGCUGUGUGUAGAUUCUGGAGCUAUCGAACCUCAGGUUCUGUUGAAGCCUGGUGAAGAGUGGAAAGGAAGACAAGAACUCUCUAUCGUCUCGUCGAGCUACUGCAGCGGACAGCUUGAUCCACGCAAGAUUCUUUACGGAGAUCACUGAUCCGAUCCCUUUUUUUUUUUGCUUUGUUUGUUUGCUUACCGAGUUAAAACAAUAAUAAGCACAUGAUCUCGUCGUCAGCUUCUUCUCAUGUUUCAAAAGACAAUGUUUUGAACUUGUUAGGAAGAAAGAGAGGUCAUAUAUUGUAACGUUGACUCUAGUGAAACUAAAAUGGACCGUCGGGAGUUGAGUUACUUUUGAAUCGUGAAACCUUUCUUUAUAUGGCACAUUCGUCAAAUAUUAUCAUCUCAUCUGUCUACA